AAAUCGAUUUGCUACCCUGAAAGCUAUCAGUUCUCAACCAAAGCAACCAGUUGGGGUUGUGUGCAAGAGAAAACUGCACUGAUAACAUAUUUAUGUGUAAUGUUUGACUUGCAUGAAAACUUCAAAGUUACUGAGUGUGGCUUUCAUACAAAAAAAUAUCAGUUUAUCUUUGAGGCAGCGGGUUAUAAACAAUUUUGCCUAAAAGCAGUUAACAAUGAGUUCCUUUGGAGUCACAAGCAUCCUCACUAUUAUCAGGUCCAAACUCAGCUGUUGGUUUGCAAGAAGGAAUAUUGUGACUUCUUUGUUUUUACUGAGAAAGAUUAUCACCUAGAAAGGAUUUAUCCUGAUGAGGAAUUCUGGGCAGCAAAUUUAAAGAAAUGCUCACAUUUUUGAUGAGA